GCUCUGCGCGGUAAGACGCCUGUGGCUGCAAUGCACGGCAGCAGCUGCACGCGCGGACCGAGCAAAAAAACCAGCACCAGCCAAAGCAGAGCAGCAGACGCGAAGAAGCAAGCAUGGCGACCACGGCGUUUCUAUCCCCGGCCAAGCUGGCGCUGCAAGGGCGCCGGUUCGCGAGCGCCAAGACGGCGGGAGCGGGGCGCGUCAGCGUCAGGGUGAGGGUCCCUCCGGCGCGCGCCCAGCAACAAGAGCAGCAGGUGGAGGAGGAGGCGGCCGAGGUGGCGACCCUGCCGCCGGCGCAGGGCGGCGCCGAGGAGCAGGCGCAGGCGAGGAAGGGGGACGCGCAGUCGCUGCCGCGGCAGCCGCUGGCGGAGAACAAGAACAUGAGCCGCGAGUACGGCGGACAGUGGCUGAGCUGCACGACGCGGCACGUCCGCAUCUACGCGGCGUACAUCGACCCGGUGACCAACGUGUUCGACCAGACGCAGAUGGACAAGCUGACGCUCAUGCUCGACCCGCAGGACGAGUUCGCCUGGACCGACGAGGCAUGCCAGAUGGUCUUCAACGAGUUCCAGGACCUCGUCGAUCACUACGAGGGAGCUGAGCUGUCGGAGUACACACUUCGGUUGAUCGGGUCAGACCUUGAGCACUACAUCCGCAAAAUGCUGUACGACGGGGUGCUCAAGUACAACAUGAGGUCCAGAGUCCUCAAUUUCAGCAUGGGCAAGCCUCGGAUGAAGUUCAACAGCAACCAGAUCCCAGAAGCGAAAUAGAAUGUACUUAUCCAACACCCUUAAGAGAAUGGUUUCUCCAUUCGAUUGCUGAAUAAGAUGUAUACUUUGCACUUUGCAGUUCCAGAUACGAACCAGAGCACUCCAGAAUUCAGAUUAUACAGAUGCAAAGUCA